AUGGGGACUCUACCGAGCUCCUCCGUUGUUACCUUGAGCGUCAGGUUCCGGGCGUUGCCGGCGGGUGGCCGCGAAGAUGGGAGGAUUCGGCCGGCGUGGGAUCAGUGUAGGAGGAUGAUGAGUUCGAGGUGGGCUCGUUCUCAGUGGCGGGAGAGGCCCAGGGUAGUUUUGCCGGGGCGCCGUUGGAGUGCCAUCACGUGCUGCGCGCUGAACGGAGAUGAGGGUGAGGACAAGAAUUUGGGUUCCAGUUCUCCGUCGACUUCGGCUUCCACUUCGACCGAGGAACCGGAGAGGAGGAGCGGGGACGACCCGAGAUCAGAGCAGACACCAGCCUCGGUUUCCCCAAGGGUAUGUUUAUCUUCCCCCACACCACCAUUGCCACUUUCAGUGAUUAGAAGAUGAGAUUCUACAACCGUUUGCGGCUCCGGAGGCAAAUACACUGUUGAUGCAAUGCCAAUCAUACGCUUGCAUGAUCUCCCCUCCGUUCGCUCCCGUCUUCCCGUCUUCUUUCGUGAAAUUCUUUCCCUCGGAGUCCAUGUAGACUUCAGUAGUUAGCUCCUCAAUGACUACCAUUCAAAUGCUGUGAGAAAUCAAUUUCAAAGGUCCUAAUUGUGAUUUUCUGUGACAUGGUCGGUUGGCAUUUGGCUUUGAAAUAACCCACAUAUUUCCGGAUUUCUCAGUGCUGCCCGUUUUCCUUCUGGGCUUGACAUUGCAAAGGGGAAAUUUGGGCUGAAAGUGUAACGCAACAAAGCUAACUGGAGUUGAUAUUGAUUGUUCUAGUCGCUAUGGGGCUCCUGCCUCUCGAUUUUGGAGACUGUUCUAUAUAUUUUUAGAUACUAAUAAUUUUCUAUUAGCUUUCCAAAUUCUUUGCUAAUUUUGCUUCGAUAGAAUCAGACAGCCCAUAGAUUCUAAUAAUUUUCCAUAUUAAGUGACUAAGGUUUUUUUCUUAUGUUUGUUGUUUGUAAAUAGUAAACUGUGAUCCAUUUUGAGUAUUGACGGUGAACUACCCCUAAAACAUUGGCAUGAAUAUCUUGAUUUAAUCUUUGAACACAAUACUCGUGAUGAAUGUAAUGGUUGGUCCACAAUAUAUGAUCCUUCCCUAUAGCAAAAAUAUUCACCAAGUGAUGCCACAUUGAAUCGCUCACAGAGUCAUGCAUGAAUAUCUUGAUUUAUACUUUUUUUAAUUAAUGGAAGUUGACUAAUUUGUCGUUAACCUUUUCCAGAACGUUUUCCACCUACUUGGUUUACUAAAAUAAAAAUAAAAAAGUCAGAAUGAUAUCUCUGACAUAUAGUUUCUGUUGGUAUCAUCUGAAAGGCUUCUGGUAUAUCGCCUGAGGGGCCAAUAUACAGCAGUUUUCAAAUUGACUCCUUCAAACUGAUGGAGCUUCUUGGACCCGAGAAGGUAGACCCUUCUGAUGUGAAACUGAUCAAGGAGAAGCUCUUCGGCUAUUCAACCUUCUGGGUGACCAGAGAAGAGCCAUUUGGUGACCUUGGGGAAGGUAUCCUUUUCCUUGGGAACUUGCGUGGCAAGAGAGAGGAGGUCUUUGCAAAGCUUCAGCGCCAGCUGGCUGAGGCCACCGGCAGCAAGUACAAUUUGUUCAUGGUAGAAGAGCCCAAUUCGGAGGCACCUGACCCACGUGGUGGGCCACGUGUCAGUUUUGGUCUGUUGAGGAAGGAGGUUUCUGAGCCUGGGCCUACUACCCUCUGGCAGUAUGUCAUUGCACUAUUGCUUUUUGUUCUCACCAUUGGCUCCUGUGUUGAAGUAGGCAUUGCAUCCCAGGUAUGCGAUUUUUUACCGUUUGUCUAUUUCUGUUGCUUUUGAUUUCAAUCAUUAUGAGCUAUUUCUCAGAUCAAGUUUGUUUUGUGCUAUUUUUUGCAGUUGACUAGUCUCCCACCAGAUGUUGUGAAAUACUUUACAGAUCCAAAUGCCACUGAACCACCCGACAUGCAAUUGCUAUUACCAUUUGUUGAGUCAGCAUUGCCCCUGGCAUAUGGUGUUCUUGGGAUUCAUCUAUUCCAUGUAAUCCCCUUAUCUGUGUCUCAUCUGAGUUUUGCCUGUUUUUCAUAUAAUCCUGUAUAUUUUCUGGUAUAUUUUCAGUUUCUUUUUGUCAACAAUGUGAUAGUAACGGGGUCCAGUCCUGCACCUAAGUACUCAGAACUUACGUUUAUUUCCUAUUUAUUUAUCACAAACAUGUGUCAAUGCGGCCUCUUAUUUGACCUCGUGGAGUGAUGAUUCUUCUUGUUCAUUAAUGCUUGUCGUCUGUCAAUACUGUUUUAUCUGUCAUUUGAAGAAAGCUACUGAUAAUUAAAUUAUGUUUAAAUUAACUGUGAUUACUUUCGGUUAACUGAUGAUAUAGGUAGGUUUAUCACGUGAGUGAACUGUGACCACUGUCCUUCGGUGGUGUGCAUGGAAAGCUCUUGUUGUUCUGUAACUAGUGAAACCCAGCCUCUGACUGAAAAUUUAUCUUCUCUUUACUGAUUCUUGUCCAUAAGUCAUGGUCGCAUAGUUCCAUGAUUCUAACUACCAUAAGGAAUCUUGCAUUGUAGGAGGUUGGCCAUUUUUUGGCUGCAUUACCAAAGAAGGUGAAGCUGGGUAUUCCUUACUUCAUCCCAAAUAUUACCCUUGGCAGUUUCGGUGCAAUCACUCAGGUGAGUCCUUGCCAUUUGAUCUAGAUACUUGAUAUGGUAAUUUAUUGGUCGGGUUUAAAUGUUUGAAUGGGCAAGCUGAUUAAAUAUUUUGAACAGAAAAGCUUAACUAGCUUUUCUUCCAUGACUGAAUUUGUAUGAUUCUUUUUCUGUGGAAACAGGGGAUUAUUGUUAGUUUUCUCUUCAAAUGCGGCCAUAAGUUCGGUUCAUAAUCUACCAUUAUAGACUAAUUUCAGUUUUCUUACUAAUGUAAAUUUUAUUUGACAUCAUUCAUAAUGAUUUUUUUAAAAACUUUCUGAUUCUUUAGUUAUAUGUUGUCGGAAUGGGUAUCUUUAUAAUCACAGGCUUGGACAAUUCUUAAUGCACCCCUUCACUAGCCCUUCACAGGCUCAGAGAGUAUAUAAUUGGUGUAUACGUUCUACCCAUGAAGAACAAUCGGUUCUGAUGUCAUGUUAAAGUUAUUGGGCCAUCCAACUUCAGAUCAAUUGACUAUGAUGGAACUAUCCUUGAUGCUCUGUUAUCAAAAUAACCACUCGUGCAUGUGCUCUACCAUGUUUGCUAUGUUCUUCAUUUAUAAAUAUCUCAAGUGUUUAUAUUACUUUCCUUGAAUUGAGGCUAUUGUUUUCCUCUUAUUUUCACCAUAUAUUCUUCCGUGCAGUUCAAAUCCAUUCUGCCAGAUCGGAAGACAAAGGUUGACAUCUCGGUCGCUGGUCCCUUGGCCGGUGCUGCUCUCUCAUUUUCCAUGUUUUUCGUUGGUCUCUUGCUGUCAUCGAAUCCCGAGCUCGUGGGGGACCUGGUGAAGGUCCCAAGUGUGCUGUUCCAAGGCUCUUUGCUCCUUGGGCUAAUCAGCCGGGGGGUCCUUGGCUACUCGUAAGUUCUGGUCCUCCCACCUUGAGGAACUUCUCAUGUCCUGCAUUAUAGAUCCGAGAGAAACUGCCAAAUAUUGUUGAUGAAUUCUUUCCCGCUUGCAUUUAGUAAUUCCAAAGCCUGAAAUAAUCCGAAAGGAAUGAAUUCAGUCUAUCGUAUGAUUCUCAACCACUGAUCUUGCUAAUCAUGCAGAGCGAUGCACGCGGCCACAGUUUCCAUCCACCCCCUUGUGAUUGCAGGCUGGUGAAGUACAGCUACCAUCUUCAACCCUUGUGGUCCUUUAAUGUUUAUAUUCUUAUCCCCCCCCCCCUUUUUUUUUUCUGGAUCAUCUAUCAACAGGUGUGGGUUGACGACAUCAGCCUUUAAUAUGCUUCCUGUGGGAUGCCUUGAUGGUGGAAGAGCAAUACAGGUACCUAUUUCCUCUCAUGGUAGCAUGCAGAAUGAAUGAGCAGUGUUGGGUUCAAGAUCGAGAUGAGUACAGCCAGUUUCUUUGAUUAGAAACUUUUGAAGUCUUCAACAACAGUAUUAAGAUCUUACCAACCAUGAAAUCCAUUGGGCAUAAUCAGCUUGAAGAUUGGGACAUCAAGUGAUAAUUUGUGUCAGGCUCCAUUCAAUUCUUUGAAUGUGUGAUUCUCUUUCCCUCCUCCAAGACGCAGAAGGAUACAGCUGGUUGCUUUAUAUGGAAUCCGAAGGGCUUAAUCAGCAUCUGGCUUCCCAUAGGAACGCCUGGAAACUGUGUUGGAGAAGGAAUGACAUCAUCAGAAGUUUAGGAUAAACUGAAGUUAUGAACACAGAUGAAUCCAUGUCAAUUCCAAAAACUAGUUUCAGGAAGUUUGCGUCGCAGAAAUAAAUUCAGAAAUCUAGUGAGGAUUACUUACUUUUUUUCAGAUUAAAUAUCCAGAUUGAGAUAAUAGACAAAAUUCUUUUGGUUGGUUUUUUUUUUUGCUGCGGGUCUUUUUAAUUAUAAUUUUCCGUGUCAUUUCUCCCUCUGUAAACUUUAUUGGAUAUUUGAUGAACUCGAUAUUUUUGCAGGGAGCUUUCGGAAAGAAUGCGCUGGUUGCAUUUGGGCUCACAACGUAUGCAUUGCUUGGACUAGGAGUGGUAAUUUUUUCCCCCUUGACUACCAUGAAUUACAAGGAACUCCACGGCAAAACCAGAAAAUCUCAGUCUCAUAAACCUCAGUCUUAAUUACUCCAUUCCAUCAACCACUGGUCCCCCUCUCUCUCUCUCUCUACUACCCCCACUCUUUCUUCUUUAAAUAUAAUACAUGUUGCUUGUGCUUAGCUCGGCGGGCCACUGUCUCUUCCUUGGGGGCUAUAUGUGCUAAUAUGCCAGGUGGGCCCAUCCAGAAAAUUCUCGUGCAAGCUUUUUGAUAAGUACAUAUUUAUUCACUCCCUUAUUGAUAAAUCUCUAUAUAUAUUCCGACCAGAGGGCACGGGAGAAACCGUGCUUGAAUGAUGUCACAGAGGUCGGAACCUGGCGGCAGGCAGGCAUCAUGGUGGCUAUCUUCCUCGUCAUGCUGACCCUCCUUCCCCUCUGGGAUGAGCUCGCGGAGGAGCUGGGCAUUGGCCUCGUGACCUCAUUUUAA